AGAGGCUCGGCGAGAAUGAACACAGCUCGGAUUGUAAACGACCGGGAGGGAGAAGGACAGUGACGGACCAGGAAGUGCGUUGGGGGAACAGACACAUCUAGACAUGAUUCCACAACCUAGGUGCCAAAAAAGGAAGCAGUCUAAAUGCAUGUCUUCCUCAGUCCCUAAAAGAUGGUGGGACCAGUCGAGCAGUGCUGGAGGAUCUGAGGGAGCGUAAUGCAGUGUGGGGUGUGAUUUGAGCUGAGAGGUGAUAAAAUCAUAGAAAUAGGGGCCAACUGGAUCCAUGGUCCCUCACAGGAGAACCCAGUCUUCCGCUUGGCCUCCCAGUACCAGCUACUUGACGAAGAGUCCAUGUCUGAGGAGAAUCAGUCUGUGGAUGUUGGUGGUCAUCCACUUUUCUUUCCUACCUGGCUUUCCAGCUCAGGCAAGAAGCUUGAGGCUGAAGUAAUGGCACCUGCAGUGGAGGUCUUUCUGAAAUUACUUGAGAAGUGCAUGGAGUUUCACAGUAGUAGCAGAGCUCCCAUGUCUACUGUGGGGGAGUUCCUUAAAACAGAGGCUCUUCGGAUCAGCAAUGAUGAAUGGAAAGAUGAUGAGGCUAGAAAGCUUAGACAGGCUAUGUUCAGCACAAUGAUAAAGCUUGAGUGUGGUGUGAGUGGGACACACACAAUGGAUGAUGUGGACCUUGAAUCCUUUGGCAUGUAUAAGUCCCUUCCAGGACUGGACUGCACUUUUCCAGGAGGCUAUGAAGGCUUAAUUACACACAUAAUGAAUGAACUGCCAAAGGACAUUGUCUUGUUUAAUAAACCAGUUAAGUGUAUUCACUGGAAUAACCAGUUGAGCUCAGGAGGAGGGUCAUGUCCUGUUAAAGUCGAAUGUGUUAACGGAGAGACUUUUGAGGCAGAUCAUGUCAUUGUUACCAUUCCACUGGGUUAUAUGAAGAAACACCACAACACUCUUCUAAAUCCUCCUCUGCCACAACACAAGUUGCACGCCAUCCAGAGAUUGGGUUUUGGUACCAAUAAUAAAAUAUUCUUAGAGUUUGAGCAGCCCUUUUGGGAUAAAGACUGUGAAGUGCUUUUCCUUGUAUGGGAGGAUGAACAUGAUCUUCAGAAUCAUGUUUCUGAUAUGAAGACUUCCUGGAUCAGGAAGAUGUCUUGCUUCUCUGUACUGAAACCGACAGAGAGAUAUGGCCAUAUCCUUUGUGGUUGGAUUGCUGGGCACGAGUCUGAGUAUAUGGAAACUCUGCCUGAAGAGGAAGUGCUGCACACAGUGACUCAGCUCCUUCGCAGAUUUACAGGAAAUCCAACAAUUACACCAAAGAAGCUUGUCCGGUCUCAAUGGUUCCAUGAUCCCUACACUUGCGGAUCAUACUCUUAUGUGGCAAAAGGUUGCUCAGGCCAAGAUAUUGAUAACCUCGCGGAGCCUCUUCCACUAACAGGCUCAAAAGCUGAGCCCUUACAGGUGCUGUAUGCUGGAGAGGCCACACACAGAUCUUUCUUUUCCACUGUCCAUGGAGCGUUGCUUGCUGGCUGGAGAGAAGCAGAGCGCCUCAUAUCACACUACAAUCCAUCACAGAGAAAGAUCACAGCAAAUUUGUAAAAAGUUAACUCUGCGCUUCUUUUAAAGAGAUUCCAGUGAUAUCCUGAUAGAACAAAAACUAUUGCCCUAUCUUUAUAAGUCAGUUGUAAUAAGAAGGUUUAUAUGCUGAGUUUUAUAUUUUAAAGUUGAUAAAAUAUUUUAACUUUAUAUUUGUUGUCAGCAGCCAAAUUUACCAGUUAAACUUUUUCAUGCAUUAAAAAAGAAAAAAGUUUUUUAGUUUUAAACUAACAUUAGAUUUGAUUUUGAAAUUUGAUUUUAGAUAGAUUAAUUAGAAAAUCUUUUAAAUGUUUUUUAAACCUUACUUAGACACUUAAUAUACGUUCCUGAUUUCUGUUCCACAUCAUCUUUUAUUUUGUUUUUACAUGACCUCUUAUCUCUCCCUCAUGUAUUUGCCUUCUCUCAUUUUUUUAUUCAUUUCACAGUUUGUUUGUUUGUUUGUUUGUUUUUAAGAAAAAUGAAAUCAAACACAUGACUUGAAUACUGUAUUGUGAUUUGGGCAAUCUCAAUAAAUAAUGUGUACAAGUCUA